AUGUUGUCCCUAAUCUUCUGUGUAUUGUCCACAUUGCUGGCUUUUGCAUCUCCGCAAACCAUAUCCUCCGGAGAUGGCUACACUGGCUAUUCACUAGGCGUGAGCGGCGACGGCGAGUCAGCAGUGUACGAAACUGAAAAUACCGACACUUCGAAUGGAACUGCUAUAACACCACCGGAUGUCUUUCUGAACGCAAGUGUCUUCGUCGGGGAGAUCGACAUCACCGUGUCCAACUUGACAGCAAAAAUCAAUCUCGAUGCUCAAGUUCUUUCGUUGCUGCAAUUCAACGCCGGUGUCGACUUGAGCAUCAAUCGGGUCGCUCUGAGUAUCCAAAAUGUUUCGGCCAAAGUGGAACUCGAGGUGAGACUCGAGAACGUGGUACUCAUGAUCAACGACACACUCAGUUCCAUCGAUCUGAACCCAAUCAUUGCGACACUGGGCCAGGACGUCGGCACAUUGGUCAACGAUACCGUUGGAGGUCUCGGAGACGACUCAGCCUCGGAUUCCAACGAUUUAUCUGCUCGUUCAUUCAAUCUCGACCAGGGUAUCCUGUUUUCAGUCAAUGAUUACCAGGGAAAUACUCACAAAAACCGAAUCCUGGAUCAAGCAGGAAAUCUAGUCGAUCAGUAUCUACACAACGAUGGGACGGUUUACCGAAGCGAGAUUGUCGGGUCAUAUUGGCAUGAUAUGACUUUCACCGGAGAAGAGAGAAGCACUGUUUUCGACGGCGAAAAUGUUCGGGAGCUGGAAUACUCAUACAGCCCUUACAAUGGGCUGAGCAUAAUAGCUUCGAUCUUCCUGAACACACAGAGCAAUGUGGUGGGAACAAGAGUGCUGAGUGAAUUAGAGGGUGGUGGAUCAAGCACAAUUAGUACGGAUUGA